CUGGAGCUGGAGGCUGAUUAGUGUCAACGGCGCGGCCGCAUCGUCAUGACCGUCCCACCAGAGAGAGGUCAAGUGGCAUUGAUCAAUCGUUCCUAUCCAACACCUUUCCUCCUCCUCACACCAUACCGCCUCUGUCGUUCUUCUCCUGUGACUUUUGUGCGACGAUUUCCAUCGGUACAAUGUCUACCUAGGAAAGAAAUCCCUCCAGAAAAACGAAUAGAAUGGCAUCUCCAGGAACAGAUAUCAGCGAGCUCUCCGAAUUGCAACAGCUGGCCUUACAGCAGUACAUUGCAGUCACGGCCCAAGAUGCCGCAGCGGCGAUACCUCUUUUGCAGCGAUCGGAGUGGAAUGUACAGAUAGCAAUUGCCAAGUUCUUCGAUGGCGAAGGCCCAGAUCCAGUCGCAGAAGCUCGAGCAGCGCAGAAUGCCCCUCCACCAAGAGCAGCAAGGCAGGAAAAUCUACAACAUAGUCUUCUCCAAGGCUCAUCUCGAGCUUUGCGAUCAGAGCCUCAACCAGAUGCUGCGCCGCGAAUAGUGCCUCAGCCAGAAGACGAUGCAAUCCAAAGACCGAACCUUAUCCUUUCCCUCCUCUUCACGCCCUUCAGCCUACUCUACAAAUUGUUAUUCUCGCCAUCAUUCGGAAUUUUUUCAUUUCUCUUCCCUUUCCUGCCCCGAGCAUUACGGCCGAAUCCUACAACUGGAGCUGCGAGACGAGCAAACACGGGUGGCAGACGGUCAUUGAAGCCGCGAGAUUCAGUGGCAAGACUAAAGCGGGAGUUUGAGGAAGAAUAUGGGAGCAACACAUUGCCUUUCUAUGAGGGAGGCUAUGCGCAAGCUCUGGAUCUGGCAAAGAAAGAUCUCAAGUUCUUAAUCAUCAUCUUGAUUUCGACUGAGCACGACGAUACAUCCUCCUUCAUCCGGGAGACCCUUCUUACUCCCGAAGUCCAGACUUUCUUAAACGACCCCACAAAUAACAUAAUACUCUGGACCGGGGACGUGAGAGAUUCAGAGGCAUACCAGGUUUCCACGGCCUUGACUUGCAACAAGUUCCCUUUUACUGCCCUCGUGGCACAUACUCCAAAAGUAAGCAGCACAGCAAUGUCAGUCAUUGCUCGUGUUGUAGGUCCCAUGGACGCCUCUACAUAUAUCGCCAAACUUCGAAGUGCCAUUUCCUCACACGAAGAACAACUAGCCACCGUCAGAGCCACUCGCUCAGCGCAGAACUUCGAAAGAAGUCUCCGCCAGGAACAAGACUCCGCCUACGAACGAAGUUUGGCACAAGAUAGAGAGCGAGCUCGACUGAAGAAAGAAGCCGAAGCAGCUGCUAUCGAGGAAGAGCGCAGGAAGAAGGAAGCUGACGAAGCGGCUGAGAAGUUGGCGAUGAAUAAGUCGCAGUGGCGCCAAUGGCGAGCAUCUCAGAUCUAUCCAGAGCCAAGUGCAGAUUCCAAGGAUGUCGUGCGGAUUGCACUGAAGAUGCCCGAAGCGGCUCGAGUUAUGCGCCGCUUCAGAGCCGAUGACAGUAUUGAAGAGCUCUACGCCUUUGUAGACUGUUAUGACUGUCUGCAAAAUGGCUCGGCUUCAGAGAAGGCAGAGAACCCGGUGGGAUAUAAACAUGAAUUUGACUUCAGGCUGGUACAAACGCUGCCUAGAGUGGUGUAUGGGGUUGAAGAUGGCGGGACGAUUGGUGAGCGGGUUGGAAGGAGUGGAAAUCUUAUCGUGGAACCUAUUAAAGACGAGGAAGACGAAGACGAUGAAUAGAUUGUGCUGAUAGCGGCAGUGUAAUAACAAGUCUUCCAACUUAUCGGCUAUCUAUUCAUUGCAUCUGCUGAGCCUAGUUGCAAAGUUGAACAAUAUACUUUUCUCCCACCUCGCUUGUUCAUUGUUAUUUAGAGGAAAGUCAAUUUCAACAUCAAAUCCCACGGAAUUUCGCUCAAAGACAGUGAAUAUCCUGCGACCAAAUGUUUUGUUGCACAUCGCAAAUCUCAUCUCCCAUGAUUCAUGCUCAUAAUCUCAUCUCAGAAAAUAUGAAUGCUCGCCUCCAACCUGAGAUACAUAUCCUCCCAUGUAGCCUCUCAUGGCUCUUCUUUACCCAUCAACUUCUUCGCAAGUACAAGAUAAUUGUCGUGCACCUGACGCACCUGAGGCACUCCCUAAGGCGCUCCAGCUAACUAGAGGCUGCUUAUGUAACUAGAACUCCUAGAGCUUCCUCUUAUAGGGGAGCUUUAGAAUACCUUAAUAAAUCAAG